GCGUAAACCGCAGGGGGCUGGAAAACGCACCUGUUUUAAUUAGCACGUGUAUGUAUGCCUGGUAAAUUGACGGUGGAUCGGAUCGGUUCAGAGAGCGUCGAGAUGACUAACCCGAGCACCUACGCCGUUGAGUCUGAGAAUGUUGAGGGCCAAGAGAAGAAAGCUGUGGUGAAGAGAGAUGGAGUCGUGUCAGCCAUCUUCUGUCGAGUUGCACGGUUUUGGCCAGUCAGGUUUACUAUGCGAGCUCUUCAUGGCUUGUGGUGGCUAUUUGGGUUCUCCGCACCAGUGAAGGCCAUAUCUCCAGCUCGGGAGGGAAAAAGUGGCUCCCCGAAAGAAAGGCAGUGCAGAACGGUCCGGAAGCGUCUCCACAGGGUCACGCGGCUGCUGUUGGCCGUCCUUCCCCGGCGCAUCCAGAGCGCUCUGGGUUAUCCAGUCUGUACCAGCAUUGGCUGUGCUGUGUCCCCUGAGGUGCGUUGUUCCCCUACCAAGCCUUGUGGCAAAGGCAGCAAGAGAAAACAGGAUGACCUGGAUGAGGAGGAGGAUGUAGAGCAGCAGUCCUGGGUGGAGGCGCUCAAUCAGGAGCUGGCUGAGGAAGACCACGCCGUUGAUCCGGACUAUGAGCCCAGCGCAGUUGAGACGGACAGUGAGGAAUACCGGUCACACAAUGACACUGAAAGUGACUUGGAAGUAGAAAAGGGUGUCGUGGUGAUCAAAGAUUUGGAGACGGUAGUUCCUCCUGAGGCCUAAUGAUGGCAGUGUGUGCUAAUACUAGUAUGCAAAUCAAGAAUAAUGUUGUAGAAUGUGUUCCUGUUAUGUAUGUUCUCUGGCUUUUUUUUUUUUUUUUUUUUUUUUUUUUUUUUCCUGACAGGCUCCCUUGAUUGCUUCCCAAAUUGCUGCUUGUUGUCAGUUAAUUUUGUGUGUUUUUCAGUGUUAAACGGCCAAAUAAAAAGAUUUGUAGUA